CUCUUGUUUAGCUGCCAUAACGGAGAUCGAGUAACCCACAGUUGUACAGUUGUAUUUAAUUCCAUACGAAAGUAAAAGUGAUUUCUUCUCCGAAUCUGUUUGGUAUCUUGAUGAACCCCGAUUGUAAACUUUCAUUAACACUUAUGUUUGCCGAAUAAAGUGCGAUUUUUUGUUCUCACAAUCAAUUAUGAAAUUUCUUGUGUUCGAUUUUGUUUUGUUUCUAUGUUUUAUGCAAGUUUUGUGCCAAGAUUCAACGCAAUUAUCAAGUAACAAAAAUCUUCAUGCUAAUGCCAAAGAAAAUAGGAAUAACACAAGCAAUUCUAUAAAUCAAUUAUCAUAUUCCAAAACUAAAUUAGAAAAUGUCAAGAACGUUGUGUGUCCAGACGAAGGAAAAGUAAAUAUUCCCUUCUUGUCAUUACCAUGUGACUAUGAUAGCGAAUGCUUAGUGUUUGGCAAACAAAUGGUAUGUUGCUAUAAUAGAUGCAUAAGAGGAGUCUUUGCAUCGAUUGCAAAAUCAAGCACUAAUGUGGACAGAUCUCUCGAUGUAACAACACAACCAACUGUAACUGAGAAGCAAAUAUCGAAAAAUGAUAAUUUCGUAUGUCCCAAUAAAGAUACCCGAAUCCUAUUUUUUUCUCUACCAUGUGGAACUAAUAGCGAUUGCCAGAUAUUCGGAAGUAAAAUGGUUUGUUGCUCUAAAAAGUGCCUUCAAGGAAUACCUCGGAAGGAGGAACAAAAAGUCCAAUCAACUCCUAAAGAAAAACUGGCUACAGAAAGAAAUGAUUCGGUGGAGAGGUCAAAUGAUCUACCAACAAAAAUUGUGAUUCAAAGUGUUACAACUUCUCCUGUCGUAAAAGAUAUCGGUUUGGUGUGUCCACAUGAUGCACGUAUUCCAUUUUUCUCUCUUCUAUGCACAACUGAUAAUGAUUGUUCAGCAUCAGGAGAAAAAAUGGUUUGCUGCAAAAAUAGAUGCAUAAAGGGGGUUCAUUCACAGAAACAUGUUGUUCAAGAAACUGUUACAAAGAAGCUAGAAAUAAAGAGAGAAGACAUAAAGGAUAGACCCUCGAAUAGACCCAUUGUUCAAGCCCCACAUGAAAAUGUAACAGAUCUGAAAAUCAUCAGUAAAAACAUUACACUGAACAAUCUAGUAUGUCCAGAAAAAGGAGUUCGAAUACCUUUUUUUUCACUAUCAUGUGUGACCGAUGGUGAUUGCUCAAAAUCAAACAAGGAUAUGGUUUGUUGUUCCAAUAGAUGCAUAAAAGGAGUACUACCCCGAAAGCCUGACAUUGUCCAUUCCCCAUCUUGGUUUGGUCUUGUGGAGAGAAAUUGUCCAGUUGACGCUAUAGUGGAAAUUCUUGAAGUGAGGGAGUGCGAGACUGAUGCAGAUUGUAGACCAAGGAUUUGUUGUCCUGAUAAAUAUCGUAGUGGAGGGAAUAAAAGUUAUUGCAGAACACCGCAACCAUCUCUUCAGAGGUUUCCCUUAGCAGAUAGAGCAACCGAGCCUCUGCGAGUUUUUGCCAGUUACAUUCAGUGUACUCCGCCACCUCCUCCAAUUUUUGAUUUAUUCCCAAAGUCAUGUAAUAAUGCCUUGGACUGCUUUCCAAACCUUUGCUGUCAAGAAGGCGAUAAAAAAUACUGUAGACCACCGAAAAGAUCCGUUCUACAAUUGGUAGCUGGUUUGGGUCAGAGAUUUAUACCACCAGAUGCUGCGAAGAAGCUGAUUGAAAGACUGAACUAGUUUAAUUUGUGUAUGGAAAAAGAGGUUUUAUAUUGUGUAAAUAGAUAAACAAAGUAUAUAAUUCGAAAAGAAGAGCUAAGUUUAAGCGAAGUUUAUCCAGUGGAAAAUGUGUCAAGUGUCGAAACAUUCAUUCGGCUAUUCCUGUUAUAAAUUUCAAGAAGUCGGAGACAUUAACAAGGAAGCCAUAACAUAAGCGAGAUUCAACCACCAGCGGGUAUCUGCAUAUAUGCAACAUCUAAGAAGUACUGAAAGCUUCGUGAUUCCAUAAAAAAAUGUCAAUAUGAUAAAUAAUAUCAGAUUCAUCAAAAUACCCAAUUCGCAUUUUUAUGCAAUACCUAUGGAAAAUAAUUAUAUGUUUCUUUCAUGAAAAUGUGCAAAAAUGAUAUUUGGAUUGAUUGUUUUAUUUUUUUUUACAAUAAAUAAAAAAAGAAUAAUAAA